AUGAGCUCGAUUAUCUCAAAGCCCAGGGACCGAGCCGGCUGGCAUUACCUAGAAACCUCCCGGGAACGGUACGAUCUCGGCACGAGAGAAAUCGACGUGGUUGCCUCGUUGAGCUCCUGUCCAGUCAAAAUCAACGAAGCCUGGUCAGACGGCGCAGAUGAUGCCGUGGGUAUGCAUUUUUGCAUCUUUGCAAUAUUGGAGAGGUCCGAUGUGAGAACUGAAGCUGCAGGUGGAAAUCACACCGUGCUUAUGUGGAUAGUUGGCACAUGGAGAGACUGUGUGUUGACAAGUUUGAGGUCAAAAUAUGCUGGGAAGGCUGAGUUUUGGGUGAACCUGGGAAGCCGAAGGUCGUACACGGCCUCGCCACUACUGGCAGGGACGACGGCUGACCUACUUUGUCAUGUACCAGAGUGGUGGCGCCUUACAUUUCGCUUCCGAAAAUUAGCUUUUGGGCUUUCCGCCGAGGCCUUAGCGCAUCUGACCCUCCGCCUGAAACGCACGAAGCACAAACUCUAUGCACAGCUAGCCACACCCCAAGUCCAAACCAUGUUCAAAGACCGAAUACAAAUACCCGUGCUUCUCAAAAGUAUAAUUUUAUUAUGGACGGAUUUCAGUGCGAGCGAUGAACACAAAAUACAAGCGCCGAUCUUACGUUUCGCAAAGAAUCAUUUUGCCUCUAGCACUGAGCAUUAUUCUCCCCGCUGGCUUCAUCUUCUGGCACCAAUAACAGAGGCUGUGCGCAGAGAGCGUGAAAUGCUUCUUGGCACGCAGGGAAUGGAGAGACUUACUACCGACCCAAAUUUCCACACCCUCUCUCAACGCACAUUCCAAACCCCUUUUGCAAAAAGGCGAACGGUCUUCCCCAACAAUUCUCGCCUAGCCACUCCUCGCCGCCAGCCCCGCGCGUCAUCCUCACUUCGCCUGAUCAUUUUCAACGCUUCGAUCAACAUCGAAAUCCCUCAUGGAGUAACACUCGCACAGAGGCCUCCACCAAUACUCCAGAUAUUUAAGCCAGAUGGGUUUCGAUGGCUGCGGUAAGGGAGACUGUUACUAUAUCAACGCGGCAUCUUAGGCAAGAGGGCGUAAUUCAGAUGGUAGCAAAUCCUGAGCGCGGAGACCAUCUAGAUAAAUGGGAGCACUGAGGCUAUUCUUAACACCCGUGCGAACAAUGUAUACAAACCGCGCUCGCGAAUCAUCAUGCAGACUGUUGCGUCUAUCAGAAUCAAGAGGCGGAUACAACUCCUCUAUCGAAACGCUCCAAUACGGCAGAAAACUCGGAAUAGAGCGGCUGGAGGAUGUAAUUUAUUCCUCUCAAAUCUUCCUUGCGAUAUUGGGGUUCAAUGAUUGUAUCAGCUCUGUCCUCCUAUCUCAC